ACAGCCUACAACUGAAACAUUAAGUGUAACUGUGUGCUCGACUUCUUCACUCACUUUCUCUGUUUUCUGGACUCAAGUCAUGUCGAACAACACCGCCCCGAACAGCAGUUUAGUUAUCGCCCAGAAGGCAGUGAAGCAGCUCCGUCUUGAGGCCAGCGUCCGUCGGAUAAAGGUUUCUCAGGCUGCUGCAGAACUGAAGACCUUCUGUUUGCAAAAUGCUCACAAAGACCCUCUCCUCACCGGAGUGCCCUCCAGCGAUAACCCGUUCAGGCCUCCCAAGUCAUGUGUCCUCCUCUGAGGGCUGUGAAGGAGUGCAAAACACUCAUCAAUAGAAUCCUGUUCAUUCCCACUUCUGUUCCUGUGUCCUACUGCCACUGAAGAUAAAGAA